UGUAUGAUACCGUUGGUCCAUCCAUUAGUUGGGCCAAACAUGUCAGCCCGCUGUGUUUAGAAGGGUUUCGCUGCAACCCAGAGUGGAACUUCCUACAUUCUUUCAAUAAUACGUUGUAUGACAUGUAGUUCUCAUAAUGGGCAGCGCAAAAUGUUCGAGAGACGAUUGGCGUGUGAUCGAACAACAUCUUUUGCCCCACAAGGCAGGUGACACCAUCAACCAGGACAAGUUUGAAUCAGUCAUGGAGUCGUUAAGUCAAAUGGGCUUGGUACACAUCCUGAAGCCCUGGUUCCGAUUUGAAUUUCAAAAACAGCUCAGGGCAAAAAUCAUUCCUGACUUUUGGUGCUGCUUCGAGUCUACAAGCGACUUAAGCCCAAGGGAAACUCAGGACGCCUUUGUGAAGGCAGUUACUGACCUCCACUGCACCAUUCAUGAAUACGAGUCAAGCGCCCUUUUCAUCGAGUCCACCGAGACCGAUCAUGCCGCAAGGACUGCAAGACAAGACUUCGACAAGACCUCGUAUAUGGAUGCGCCCCUGAGCAGGGCAAUCCAUGACCUGCUGAGAGCACUUCUUUUGUCAUCUAUACCUUGCCAGUUCAACAGAGUCCUGCUCAAGUUUUACACAGCUGCAUUUCGAGCAUUUCACAAGGCAGCAGGUGACGAGGAUGAAGACGAGUCUCCACAGUGUGCCGGCUGUGAACUGGACUUCGACAGCUGCCAGUGCGAUUAUUUGCUGGAAAGCUUCCAUGAUGUGAACAUGAAACUGCACGAGCUGCAACUGCUGGAUGCAAUGGUGAGGGAUGCGGUUUCUACUGUGGCCUACAAGUACAUUGAGCACCACGUUCAGAGCACCUGCAGGGGGAACUUCGAGAGCAGGUUUUUGGAGAGCCUCGAGAAGUGGCUGAACACAACUGUGAUGGAAUGGUUCUACCUGGUGUACAAGAAUCAGGCCGACGAUGAAACCAAGCUUGCCCUGGCUUCUCUCAAGGAGCACCUGCUGUAUUUCUUGUAUGACACAUACGUGACGGUGAGGAUGGACCAGCUCUUCAACAUCAUCAUUGAGUUUCCGGAGUCGCUAGCUGCUGUGGAAGACCUCAGGGAGUGCCUGGAGAAGACUAACCUCAAGUCCAAGGUCAUCCACUCGCUCAAGAGCUCCAUGGAAAAGCGCCUUCUGCACCCCGCUCAACUGCAGUACCGUGUUUGCUUGUUCUUUGACAUGCCCAGGGACAUCUAG